AUGAAAGCCCCAGAAAUCAAGGUAAUUUUACUGAAAUCACACGAGAAAAACGGAUUUUUGAAUGAAUAAAAAAUUAAAUUUUCAGAUUGUUCCACUUGGAGCUGGUCAAGAUGUUGGAAGAAGUUGUAUUUUGGUUACAAUUGGUUCCAAAAAUAUAAUGCUCGAUUGCGGAAUGCACAUGGGUUAUCAAGACGACAGAAGAUUCCCUGAUUUUUCUUAUAUCGGCGGAGGUGGAAGAUUGACAGAUUAUCUAGAUUGUGUCAUUAUUUCUCAUUUUCAUUUGGAUCAUUGUGGCUCACUUCCACAUAUGAGUGAAAUUGUUGGAUUCGAUGGACCAAUUUAUAUGACAUAUCCAACAAAAGCAAUUGCUCCUGUUUUAUUGGAAGAUUAUCGCAAAGUUCAAUGUGAUAUUAAAGGCGAAUCAAAUUUUUUCACUUCUGAUAAUAUCAAAAAUUGUAUGAAGAAAGUAAUCGGAGUUGCAUUGCAUGAAGUUAUCAAAGUGGAUGAGGAAUUGAGUAUUCGCGCAUUUUACGCGGGACAUGUGUUAGGAGCAGCGAUGUUUGAAAUUCGAGUUAACAAUCAAUCAGUUCUAUAUACAGGUACAUCUAUAGAAAUAAAAAUAUAAAUAAUAUUUUCUAAUUUCUUUUUUUUCAGGCGAUUAUAACAUGACACCAGAUAGACAUCUUGGCGCAGCACGUGUUUUGCCGGGAGUUCGGCCAACUGUAUUGAUCUCCGAAUCAACUUAUGCGACAACAAUUCGAGAUUCGAAACGAGCAAGAGAACGAGAUUUUUUGAGAAAAGUUCACGAAUGUGUUAUGAAAGGUGGAAAGGCAAGUAAUUUAACAUGA